AUGCUUAAGACUUUUGUACUUUCUGCUGUGGCAGCAACCGCGUUUGCUGCACCUGCAAAAUUGUAUUUGCAGCCCAGCAAAGAUGCAAUUCUAUCGGUUGAUCAGUCACUGAUAACACCAAACUGCUCGCUUGCAAACGUCUCCAUGAACCUGGGAAAUGUCAGCCUUCCGCCGCCAUCUGGGCAGAAGUUGCUUCACGUGGCUGUGGGGCGAGGUAUCCAGAAUUACACCUGCUCCUCCCCAGAGUCAGCGCCAACCGCCGUGGGCGCAAUUGCCACCCUGUACGAUGCCGGCUGUCUUGCCGCACACCAGCCAGCCGUAUUCGAUCUCACCCCCGAUAUCAUCCUCCAGUUCUCUCUUCAAACCGAAGCAUCCGCAACCUUGAGCAAUUUCAACACCAAUAUCCUGGGUCACCACUUCUUCUUGAACGCAUCCACCCCGGUUUUCGAUCUCAACACGCCCGACGCGAGUUUUGGAAAAGUGAUUGCGCAGAAGCUGAAUUCUACCAAUGCCCCUGCCGGCUCUCCCGCAGGCCAGGCGUCGAACAAGAAUGGCGCAGUGCCGUGGCUCUUCCUUGACGCUGCAGCGGGCACGACUGGAAACGUCCGCAGUGUCUACCGCACCCACACAGCCGGUGGUAAUCCCCCUGCGACGUGUUCCGGCUUGCCUGCAGCGUUUUCUGUCGAAUUAGCAAAUCUGCUAGCUGAUCGUCUUGCGACAUCUGUCAUAAACGAAAGUUUCGUCCAUGACGAAUCAUCACGAGAGACGCGCUGCCGUCCACGGUUCCAGUCGUGUCCAGACGGCACGAACCGAACAAUAAAGGUUGGUGUCGCGUCGAGCUUCACCGCUCUCCUAGGCACAAUUUUCCAAAACCUGCAAUUCUAUUCUGCAUUGAUCGUUGAAUCUCAGCUUCAAUUCUCAACCUGCAUACUCGAACCACUUGACGUCUUGAACAACGUUUCACCAUGUCGUAUAACGGAAAAGGGAUACACCUACACUGGCUCGGGGACUAACAGCCAGCUAUCAGCGUUGCCCACACUAAUCGACUCCUUGCUAACUGGCCUCAUCCAGGGCAACCACUGGUGCUCUCGAGACUACGGAACUGGAUCACACUCCAAUGGCUACGGCCGUGGCGAUGCCUAUCACUAUUCCAACGCGUAA